AUGUCUGGUAGUGAUGAUGAUGAUGACUAUGAGAAUAGUAGUGAUGAUUAUUUUGGUAGUGUUGCCAUGAUGAGUAGAAAAAAAGUUCAGGGUAAUAUGGCGAAAUCGAUAAUACAACCAGCACCUAGAGGUUUAAAUCUGAUUGCUGAAUACACUUUAAAUUACGAAUUGCCAACGGAUUUUUAUGUAUUUCAAAAGAAACAGACGAAAACUACAAAGCACCCCAUACCCACAAUGACUACAAAAAGUCCAUACACUAAAGUUCCCUACUAUCAACAUUAUGACAUGAUUGUUCCCUACAAUCACGAUUAUUACUUUAAAAUACAUCCGGAAUAUAUAAAUAAACAACUCAUUCAAAGGAAACACUCAUAUUCUAAGAAAAAGAUGCUGCAACGGAAAUGUUUUAAGAGGAAUUUCUACGACUACAAUCGCAAAUUACCGAGUAUUUGUUUAAAUCGUGCCAAACGUAACGAAGAAGUUUGGAGUCUUCACAAGUUAACCAUUUCCCAAAGAAUGUUUUACGAUUUAAUCGAAAAAUGGUCUCUACUGCAUGGAUUUUUACCGCGUUACUGUUUUAUGCGAACUUUAUGCGAAUCAUCAGAAUUGUUGUUACCGUAUGGUUAUUCCUUGUUGCAUGAUAUCAUUCAUAUAUUGCUCAGGUACACCAAACCAUGGGUUUUUCAUCAUAAAAUAUUUGGUCGUUCAUUAAGGCAGACGUAUCCUAUCGAUGAAUGUGCUAAAUUGUAUGGUCCACAUUGCCGUGUAAGUUGGUUGGAUUUCAUAACCAAUGUGGUGCAUGGUACAAGGGCGGUUGAUUUUAUGCGUUAA